GCCCAUGACCCGCACGUUCCCUGAGUCAACAUGGCGGCGCCCAGCAGCAAGACAGAGCCGGCGUGAAGUCCGCGGCUGGCCGCGGUGAGUAGAUGAGACAACUGACUCAGAGAGGUUAAGACCUUCGGCAGAGGUCACGCCGCAAGUCGGCAGCGAAGCGGGAAUUGGAACCCGCGUCUGUCUGUUUCUCCCAAGGGAACCAGAAUCCUGGCAGCCAGCCUCAAAGUCCGUGUGAUUAUCCAACAAGCAGAGGUAUGAGCUGGGUCCGAGCCAUCCUGCUGGCCCGAGGCCUCUCUAGGGGCUGGGGAGGCAUCUGCGGGGCCACCCUCACCAGAGCCCCCAUCUCUGAGGUGCCUCCCCAUACUCCUCGGAGCUUCCACUGCGGUGCAGCCACCCACAACUCUGAAUUGUCACUGGUUCCAGGCCCACCUGAGCCCCGGCGAAAGCCCAUCAAGGCCCUGUCGCCCUACGAGGACCUGUUUAGGCAGGCACCAGGUGUUGAGCGGGACAAGGCGAGCUUCGUGCGGACUGUGCAGAACUUUGGGCAGCACAACGUGCACAAGCGGGGCCACGUGGACUUCAUCUACCUGGCCCUGCGCAAGAUGCGGGAGUUCGGCGUGGAGCGAGACCUGGCCGUGUACAACCUGCUGCUGGAUGUCUUCCCCAAGGAGGUCUUCCGGCCUCGCAACAUCUUCCAGCACAUCUUCGUCCACUACCCACGGCAGCAGGAGUGCGGGAUUGCUGUCCUUGAGCAGAUGGAGAACAACGGGGUGAUGCCUGACAAGGAGACAGAGUUCCUACUGAUUCAGAUAUUUGGCCGCAAAAGCUACCCCAUGCUCAAGUUCUUGCGCAUGAAGCUGUGGUUACCGCGCUUCAAGAACAUCAACCCCUUCCCUGUGCCCCGGGACCUGCCCCAGGACCCUGUGGACCUGGCCAAGUUGGGCCUGCGGCAUAUGGAGCCUGACCUCAGCGCCAAGGUCACCGUCUACCAGAUGCCUUUGUCCAAAGAUUGGACAGGUGCAUUGGAUCCCACCCAGCCCCACAUCGUAGGAAUCCAGAGUCCCAAUCAGCAGGCUGCCCUGGCCCGCCACAACCCAGACCGGCCUGUCUUCGUCGAGGGCCCCUUCUCCCUGUGGCUCCGCAACAAGUGUGUCUAUUACCACAUCCUCAGAGCUGACUUGCUGCCUCCUGAGGAGAGGGAAGUGGAGGAGAUUCCGGAGGAGUGGAACCUGUACUACCCAAUGCAGCUAGACCUGGAGUAUGCGAGGAGCGGCUGGGAUGACUAUGAAUUUGACAUUGAUGAAGUGGAGGAAGGCCCUGUCUUCGCCAUGUGCAUGGCAGGUGCCCACGACCAAGCGACACUGGCCAAGUGGAUCCAAGGCCUGCAGGAGACCAACCCAGCCCUGGCCCAGAUCCCCGUGGUCUUCCGCCUGGCCGGGUCCACAGGGGAGCUCCUGACGUCCUCCCCCGGGCUGGAGGAGCCAGCCCGGCCACCACCACCCGAGGGCCAGGAGGAAGAAGACACUCUGCAGCGACAGCAGCAGGGCCAGAGUUGAGUAUGAGCGGGCUGGAGGGCACAGACUGUGGCCCGAGAAGGUCGUGGACUGGUGUGAAAGCAUGACAUGGCCUUUGAGUGUACAGCAAAUAAAAGUUGUCUUGCUUGGUG